AUGGGCUUGUGGACAAAUGCUUCUCCCUUUGUAGCCAUGUCCAUGCAGGUGCCCAUUUCGUUGGACUUCGCCCUCUCCCUCCGUCAAGGAGCCACAUCCUCGGGCUUCUUUCUCAGCUGUGGGGUGAUCACUGGAUUGUGCGCUAUGGCAGCUGGUAAAAAACUCGUGGAUGAAGAGAACUGGAAUCAGUUUUAUGUGCGGCGGUUGCUGAUCGUUAUUCCUCUCAUUGCGAUGGCACUUAGCUUUGCGUCCGCCAUCUUCAUCAACGAGACAUCAGGCAGCGAACAGGUGUAUCUGGUCUGGUGGGUGAUGAUCGGCUUCACAGUCGCGGGAUCUUUCAUUGGCCCCCUCUCCGUGAUCCCGGGCAUCAUCUUUUGGACGAAGAUUACAAAGUCCAAGAAUCGAACCUUCUGGAUGAUCCUGACGCAGUGCGCUCGAAACCUUGGCCUGGUAGUUGGGCCCGGUCUCUUUGCACUGCUGCGGACGGCUGUGACUGGUGGGGGUGACAGAGUCUGUCCACGCAGCAUGAUGGGAUGGGUGAACCUGACCCUGCUGUUCUUCUCCCUGAUCUCGGCCUCCUUCGGUGCCUUCGUCAUGCCGGCAAGGAUGCCUGACUAUCCUUUGAACUUGGAGGAGGAUGACGAGGACGAUCCGGACGAGCUGGUCAUGAUCUCUGACGCUCACCUCGAGGCCAUGCCUGAGCCGGAGCGAGAGCGGGUGGUCUGGAACAUGAUUUGGUAUGCCUUCGAGCGGCCUUUCACGUUGGCAGCCGUUGAGGUCUCGACGCUUAUGAUGUUGGAGGUCUACUACGGCUGGGAUCCAUACAUGACCGGCAUUUGUUUCACUGCGGUUUGUUCCCUGGGCAUCAUCAUGUCCAUCGGCACCACUGUUGCCUUGGUCAAAGGCUGGGUGGUUGAGUCCCAUGUCUUCAUUAUUUCUGCGGCCUCCUCGAUCAUUGGCUGUCUGUUCCUCGUGGAGAUAGUUCCCACUCCGGGCUGGACUCUGCUCAUCGCUGACUGCAUCAUCUACACGGGGGCUACGGUUGCCAACGGCUUCGCCGAAGGCUGGGCCAGCCGUGCAGCGAAAGAGGGCACCAGCUUCAGCAAUGCCGAGUAUCGGUUGCGUCAGCUGUCAGCAGUGACGGUCAGCCGAUUCAUGGGUCCCAUCGUCGGUCGCUUCCUGGUAGACUAUGGGGGCCGAAACGUCUACGCAGUAGCCCAGCUGGUUAUGUGCUUGAUGGGAACGAGGACGGUUUACAAGACGGUGGGUCUUAUCUGGCGCUGGAACCGCGCCAACCCCCAGGUGAGUGUCAAGGACACGGAGGUCCCCGCUGCGGAGAAGCUUCUGAAGGGCGAGGAGCAGUCCAAGAUCAAGAACGGAUCUCCGAUCGAAGCCGCGCCGGAAGACCAAUGA